AUGUUCGUCUCCCGCAUCCAGUUACUUCGAGAACCAUCACUAACCGUUAGCCAGGUCAAAAAAAUAAUCAGUCAAAAGGACAACCGGCUGAAGCAGAAUCAGGCUAAGGCGGAAGAAAAGAAAGCAAAGGCCGACAAUGUUGUCCGGGAAAUACCUCAAGCUCCGUCUGCACUAUUCUUCCAGUUCAAUACCUCGCUCGCACCACCUUACUCAAUCUUAGUCGACACAAACUUUCUAUCCCACACAGUCCAGCAUAAACUCGAUGUUAUACCAAGUAUGAUGGACUGCCUGUUCGCGAAAUGUAUCCCAAUUAUUACAGACUGCGUAUUAGCCGAGUUGGAGAAGUUAGGACCAAAAUACCGGCUUGCUUUGCGGAUAGCAAAGGACCCUCGAUUCGAAAGACUCAAAUGUGACCAUACAGGCACGUACGCUGAUGACUGCAUUGUGGACCGAGUUAUAAAACACCGAAUAUAUAUUGUCGCAACCAACGAUCGUGAUCUAAAGAGACGGAUAAGAAAAAUUCCUGGUGUACCAGUUAUGAGUGUUGCCCGUGCUAAAUACGUCAUCGAACGACUUCCUGACGCCCCUGAAAAGUGA